AUGAUAACUCAGCAGGAUAAAACCGACAUUAUUAGCCACGUCCCCGCAAGCCAGCAAGCAAGCCAGACAGCAAGUCAGCAAGCCAGCAAGCCAGCAAGUCAGCUAGACAGCAAGCCAGCCAGACAGCAAGCCAGCAAGCCAGCCAGACAGUCAGACAGCAAGCCAGCCAGACAGCAAGUCAGCCAGACAGCAAGCCAGCAAGCCAGCAAGUCAGCCAGCCAGCAAGCCAGCAAGUCAGCUAGACAGCAAGCCAGCCAGACAGCAAGCCAGCAAGCCAGCAAGACAGCAAGUCAGCAAGCCAGCCAGACAGCAAGUCAGCAAGCCAGCAAGUCAGCCAGACAGCAAGACAGCAAGGCAGCAAGCCAGCAAGUCAGCCAGACAGCAAGUCAGCAAGCCAGCAAGUCAGCCAGACAGCAAGACAGCCAGACAGCAAGACAGCAAGUCAGCAAGCCAGCCAGACAGCAAGCCAGCAAGCCAGCAAGUCAGCCAGACAGCAAGCCAGCCAGACAGCAAGUCAGCAAGCCAGCAACAAGCCAGCAAGUCAGCAAGCCAGCAAGUCAGCCAGACAGCAAGUCAGCCAGACAGCAAGUCAGCCAGACAGCAAGCCAGCCAGACAGCAAGCCAGCAAGUCAGCAAGCCAGCAAGUCAGCCAGACAGCAAGCCAGCCAGACAGCAAGCCAGCAAGCCAGCCAGACAGCAAGACAGCAAGUCAGCCAGACAGCAAGCCAGCCAGACAGCAAGCCAGCAAGUCAGCAAGCCAGCAAGUCAGCCAGACAGCAAGUCAGCCAGACAGCAAGUCAGCCAGACAGCAAGUCAGCCAGACAGCAAGCCAGCCAGACAGCAAGUCAGCCAGACAGCAAGCCAGCAAGUCAGCAAGUCAGCCAGACAGCAAGCCAGCCAGACAGCAAGUCAGCAAGCCAGCAAGUCAGCAAGCCAGCAAGUCAGCCAGACAGCAAGUCAGCCAGACAGCAAGUCAGCCAGACAGCAAGCCAGCCAGACAGCAAGCCAGCCAGACAGCAAGCCAGCAAGUCAGCAAGCCAGCAAGUCAGCCAGACAGCAAGUCAGCCAGACAUCAAGCCAGCAAGUCAGCCAGACAUCAAGUCAGCCAGACAGCAAGCCAGCCAGACAGCAAGCCAGCAAGUCAGCAAGCCAGCAAGUCAGCCAGACAGCAAGUCAGCCAGACAGCAAGCCAGCAAGUCAGCCAGACAGCAAGUCAGCCAGACAGCAAGCCAGCAAGUCAGCCAGACAGCAAGUCAGCCAGACAGCAAGCCAGCCAGACAGCAAGCCAGCAAGACAGCAAGCCAGCAAGUCAGCCAGACAGCAAGUCAGCCAGACAGCAAGCCAGCCAGACAGCAAGCCAGCAAGACAGCAAGCCAGCAAGUCAGCCAGACAGCAAGUCAGCCAGACAGCAAGUCAGCCAGACAGCAAGCCAGCAAGACAGCAAGCCAGCCAGACAGCAAGUCAGCCAGACAGCAAGCCAGCCAGACAGACAGACACCCUAUAUCCCAUGAAUUACAACAAAUGGCGCGGAUGUAA